GGCGGCUGCUGAACGGCGGAGUGGCGUGGACCUCAUGUAGAAAUGACAACAAUGGAAGGGGCCAGCGGGUCGAGUUUUGGAAUAGACACGAUUUUAUCCAGUGCCAGUUCAGGCAGCCCGGGCAUGAUGAAUGGAGAUUUCCGCCCGCUCGGUGAGGCCAGGACCGCGGAUUUUAGGAGUCAGGCCAGCCCAUCUCCCUGUUCGGAGAUUGAUACCGUAGGGACGGCGCCUUCUUCUCCUAUUUCAGUCACCAUGGAGCCCCCGGAGCAGCAUCUGGUAGCAGACGCGACCCAGCAUCAUCACCACCUCCACCACAGCCAGCAGCCGCCGCCACCGGCCGCGGCCCCGACCCAAAGUUUGCAGCCUUCGCCCCAACAGCAGCCGCCGCCACAGCAGCCGCCGCCGCCCGCCCAGCAGCUGGGCUUGGCCGCCUCGGCCCCCAGGACUUCUACGUCUUCUUUUUUAAUUAAGGACAUCUUGGGCGACAGCAAACCUCUGGCGGCAUGUGCACCCUACAGCACCAGUGUAUCCUCUCCCCACCACACCCCGAAGCAGGAGAGCAACGCAGUGCACGAGAGCUUCAGGCCAAAGCUCGAGCAGGAGGACAGCAAAACCAAACUCGACAAGCGGGAGGAUUCCCAGAGCGACAUCAAAUGCCAUGGGACAAAGGAGGAAGGAGACCGGGAGAUUACGAGUAGCCGUGAGAGUCCCCCUGUGAGAGCCAAGAAGCCUCGAAAAGCAAGGACAGCUUUUUCCGACCACCAGCUCAAUCAACUGGAGCGUAGCUUUGAGCGGCAGAAGUACCUGAGUGUGCAGGAUCGCAUGGACCUGGCUGCAGCGCUCAACCUCACUGACACCCAAGUCAAGACCUGGUACCAGAACCGCAGGACCAAGUGGAAGCGGCAGACAGCGGUGGGCCUGGAAUUGCUGGCCGAGGCAGGGAACUACUCAGCGCUGCAGAGGAUGUUUCCAUCGCCUUAUUUCUAUCACCCAAGCCUGCUGGGCAGCAUGGACAGCACUACGGCGGCGGCGGCUGCCGCUGCCAUGUACAGCAGCAUGUACCGGACUCCUCCAGCACCCCAUCCCCAGCUGCAGCGGCCCCUGGUGCCCCGCGUGCUCAUCCACGGCCUAGGGCCUGGGGGACAGCCAGCCCUUAAUCCCUUGUCCAGCCCCAUCCCGGGCACCCCACACCCCCGGUGAAAACAUUGCAGGAAGGCACUGCAAUCCCUUCCCCAUAUCCCUGCCCAACCCGGACUGCUGCCCUUCCUCUCCCCGCUCCAGGCCACUAGGCCUCCCUUGCAGCCAACUCUGGAAGGCAGAGGAGUAAGAGAGAAAGAUGCUUACCAGUGGGUCGGGGACCCCCAAAGAGGAGCCAGCCCUCUGCUCUCCAUCUCCCCACCCCUAGAAACAGGGCUGGAAAGCUCCCCCACAGCAGUGUGACUGGCGAAAAUGCUGACCCCACUCAAAGUGCGACCAGUAAGUGAAAACA